AUCGGGCGCACACGCCUCCUACCAAAAUCACAGCCCCGUGUGGAGCCCAAGCUCUCAUUCACAGCUUUCUAGAGAAAUCUGAGCCCGAACCUGCCAGAAUAGGGGACCUCACCCACCCAGUUCAGCAGCGAGGACACCUGCAGAAAUACAUUCCCAAAGCAAGGCUGGGCGGCCGUGUGAAGUAAGCAAUGGCCUCAGUUUUGCUUCUCUUUUGGAUGGACACCACCACAUAGGGCCUGAAUGUGAAAGAAGACCCUCUAUUUGUCUGUUCCAGGGCAGUCUUGUAGUAAGACACUGUUGAAUGGGCCACAUUUUCAGCAGACCAUCAGGUGAAUGGGACCAAUCUCUCUUCUUCCAAAAUAUCAGAAGUUAAACACUUGGAACGGAGAUUUGGCCAAGAUGACCCAUUUACAGGCUGGACUCAGUCCAGAGACUAUAGAGAAAGCUCGCCUGGAACUGAAUGAAAACCCAGAUGUUUUACAUCAGGAUAUUCAGCAAGUCAGGGACAUGAUCAUCACCAGGCCUGACAUUGGAUUUUUACGUACAGAUGAUGCCUUCAUCCUGAGAUUCCUCCGAGCCAGGAAGUUUCACCAAGCGGAUGCCUUUAGACUCCUGGCUCAGUAUUUCCAGUACCGCCAGCUAAACCUGGACAUGUUCAAAAACUUCAAGGCAGAUGAUCCCGGCAUUAAGAGGGCUCUGAUCGAUGGGUUCCCCGGGGUGCUGGAAAACCGAGACCAUUACGGCAGGAAGAUUCUUUUGCUGUUUGCAGCCAAUUGGGAUCAGAGUAGGAACUCCUUCACAGACAUCCUUCGUGCCAUCCUGCUGUCAUUGGAAGUCCUAAUUGAAGAUCCGGAGCUUCAGAUAAAUGGCUUCAUUUUAAUUAUAGACUGGAGUAAUUUUUCCUUCAAACAAGCCUCCAAACUGACACCUUCUAUCCUUAAACUGGCUAUUGAAGGGUUGCAGGACAGCUUUCCUGCCCGCUUUGGAGGAGUCCACUUUGUCAACCAGCCCUGGUACAUUCAUGCCCUCUACACACUUAUCAAGCCAUUUCUUAAAGACAAGACCAGGAAACGGAUUUUCCUUCAUGGAAACAAUUUAAACAGCCUUCACCAGCUAAUACACCCUGAAUUUUUGCCGUCUGAAUUUGGAGGAACUCUUCCUCCUUAUGACAUGGGAACUUGGGCCCGGACGUUACUCGGUCCUGACUACAGCGAUGAAAAUGACUAUACUCACACUUCCUAUAAUGCAAUGCAUGUGAAGCAUACAUCCUCAAAUCUGGAGAGAGAAUGCUCACCCAAGCUGAUGAAAAGAUCUCAGUCUGUGGUAGAAGCUGGAACCCUGAAACAUGAGGAGAAGGGAGAGAAUGAGAACACUCAGCCACUCCUGGCUCUGGACUGAACCCUGAGUCACCCCAAUUCUCCCGCACACUGGCCUUCAGUGGUAUCAGCCACCCAGGAAGCACAUGUGCAACUGACCCACACGGACACAUGUGUUUUGCUUGACAUAAGGUACUCCACUCCUGACCCCCUGCAGUGACUGUCACCAGCCAUCGGUCUGAGCAGCCAAAGUUAGACAAAGACUUGAGCGAUGCUUUUUUUUUUUUUUUCUCCAGCAAAGGGAUUGGAGGAUGGUGCAAGGCAUUUGUGUAAAAAAGAUUCUCCCUCCUUUCAUAUUUAUGGUAGCAAAUAAAUUGAAAAAAAUCAAAAACUAAAUUUGAUGCACAUACUGCAUUAGAAUAAGAAUUUUUCUGAGGUAUCAUACAGGGACCCUCUCCAGUUUUUGAAACUUAAGUGCAUUUCCAAGUAAACGUGUCAGAGUUAAACUGUGCAGACACCAUUGUCAAGUUUCAUGUAGUACAAAACCCUGAGACAAUAGUAUCUCCAGUCAUUUCCAUUCUUACUAAAUUAUUUCCUUUGACCUAAUCACCAGCAUCGAAUUGUUCAGCCUAAGAGCCUGUUCUCAUAGGUCUGAGUAUUUGCAAAGUUUGCUAAUUUUGAUAUCCUGCAAAAAAUUAUUUUGAUGUCACAUCUCUUGUCAGGCCACUAGCUUACUAUCAUGAGCUGAUUUUAAAGGAAGACACAUGCACAUGAAAUAUGAUUAUUUCAUCUUAGCAAUGUGAGUUCCCACAGGCAGCUCAAGAGCCUGUUAGUGCAGUGUGUGUGCAGAGGAGACAUCUCAUUGAAAACACAUGUCAGUGAUUAAUGAAUCCAUUCAAGUUGCCUCAAUUGGGUCACUACAGCAAAGAAAAGUGCUAUCAAACCAUUUACCCCUUGACCCCCAAACCUACUGCAACUAUUAAAGAUGUGGAGAAAGAACAUGGUUGUUGGUGAGAGGGUAAAUAUUCAAUCAUGGGGCAAGAGCCAUACAGAUGGCUAAAUAUGCAGGUACUGAAAUUAGAGAAGACUAGAGAUUCAGGGUGAAAUGCCAAAGGUCAUUUUAUUUAACUAUCUAUUCCUUAGAAAUGGAGUCCCCAACUACCCAUUCGAAGGAAAUCAGAUAUAAAAUAAACGGACACCAUACGAUGUGAUAUCCUUACUUGUGCCAUAUUUUCCAAGACCAGUGCAUAUUUUUAGAUGUCUCUUAUUUGCCCAGCUAUCUGCAUGACAUGGGUAUUUAUUAGUAUGACCAGUUGGUGCUCAAUGUCAAACAAAAAUAUUUUAGUUAAUCAUGGGCAAUAAAUUAUGAUUUUACAUUUUAAAUAUUUGGGAGAGCUAAUUUGUUAGCUAAAUAAUUCAAAGGAAAGAGAUCAUUCAACUGGUCAUAAUCACCCCUGCUAGAUAUUAUUACUAACAUUAAUUAUUUAUUACAUAUCUUUCUCAAUGGAUCUAAUGUUUUAUUUUUUCCCUACUGGUAAAGAAUAAUAAUGAAAGUAAUUUUUAUAUUACAACCUAGGAGAAAUAAAGUUGAAACAGAAUUAAAAAUAUUUCUCAAACAACUGUAUCACGAUAUAAAUUAAACUGAUUUUGUAGACAUUUUAAAUCACAAAAAUAAUAACAUUGAACUACUUCUACCAAUGCAGUGAUGGAAACACUUUUCUUAUGUUACCAAGACAUAGGUAAGAGAAAUAAAGAAUUUAUGUGAAUUAGAAAAUCCACUUUAUUGCUUGGGUUUAAAAUAGUUGUGGGAUCUAAGUAUUUACAUGCUAUUGGAGCCAAUUACUGACAACACUUUGCAACAGUAAUACCAUUUUUAGUUUUCAGUUGGCAAUAUUUAGAAGCCUACUGUAGUGACCUGAUUUUAAAUACCGUAUUAUAUUUACUAAGUUAAGAGCUAGUUUUUACUUUCUUCCAUAAUUUCAUUACAUGAAUGUAAGGUGAUGGCUCAACGAUGAUGACUUAUAGUUUGAAUUUCUUUAUGUGUACACAAUAUACAUAUGAGAACCAAAUUCAAUAAGUGAGACGAAUGUUACUACAUGAGCACUGAAUUGUAUUGACCUUGCCAUUUCGUCUGUUCAAUAAAUACUGAAGGACACAAAUACCAUUUACUUUUCAAGAGUUUACCUUCUCUUCUCAAUUUUAGUAAUUAAUCUGGAUAUUUUUCCUCCCAUGCCUCUUCAUCUGAUUCAGUGGGGUUUAUCAAUACCAGCAAAACAGAAGAACAGGAAAAGUAUUUUGCAAAUUCAUCUACUGGAAGCUAAUGUUCUUAAGGUCAACCAAAAACGGUCAAUUUCAAUUUCAAAGAACUGUUCUUUAAAUGAGAUAGUCUACUUUUGUUUUUAGAUGAAAAAGAUAGUACAAGUGUUUUCUACCUAUGAAUGAAAUUUGUUGAUUUAUGUGCCAUUCCUGCAGCAUUCUUGUUCAUAUUGGCUUAGAAUUCAGCGCAUGAAUAUCAUUACAUUCUUAUAUCCAACAUUUCUAGUUAGCUUUGAUUUAAAAAAAUAUAAAAUCUGAUGCAUUAAUACUUUACUAAAUUAAUGACUUGAUCAUCUUUGGAAUGAGUAGGCAAGACCAUUUUCAACUGUGAUUUCUAUGUUGUGAGUAAUGUUGAAACUAAAUAUAGAUGACAAUAAUUGUUCUUUCAUGGUGAUGUUAAAACAGCAGAAGUUUCUCAAGCCAGGGAGAUGGGACAGUCUUUAAGACUCUUUUAUCAAAAAGGAAGGCAAUCUGGACCUUCUACACCCAGGACAAAGAUCCUGGCAUUCUUGGUGACCUUUUACUCUGCCAUCCUUAAUACUGCUACAGAAUUGUGGUGGAAAUCAUCUCCAAGACCGAAGAGCUGGCUUCCUGUCAUUCACAUGGAUCUACCACAGGCAAAGAAACUGUAUUCCCAGGACAUGCGUCAUGGAUGGCAAAGCAGCCAGGAGCCAGACUCCCUAUCAGUCACCUAUGCACCUGAUCCUGAAACAAUAUAUUUUUAUUUUCAUAAACUGUACGUUUCCCCAGAACUUCUAAUACUUGUCAUUAAAAAAUUAGCAUGUGGGAUUUUUAUAACAACAAUAUAAAAUAAUCCCAUGUUUUUUUUCAGUGUGAAAAGUUCCUCUUUGAAAGAAAUAUGAUUUUGACAAUAUUUCCAUCACUGGCAUAGUGAGAGGAGGAUCUGAAUCAAGAU